GCGGGGCCUGAGGGGUCGGAAGUUAAGCUGCUGUUUGUCUCCUACCGGAUCGGGAUUUAAAUCGCCACCUUUCUUUGUUUGAACAAAAUGUCAUCCGAGGAGUUGGAGAAGAUGCACGAAGCCUUUGGCUGUGUUUUCGAGGAGCUGAGGUGUCAGUGCGAGCGUGUGUCUAACUAUUCAGGAGAACAGAAGAAAAGAUUUAUACGUGAAAUUGAUGAAAAAGUUGAUGAAGCAAAUGAAGUUCUGGAUGGAAUGGAAAAGGAACUAAGGAAAGCACCACUCUCAUUCCGUAAUCAGAUGAAUACAAAAAUUCGUUCCUACAGAAAAGAUGUAAGCAAGCUACAGCAGGAUGUUAGAAGCAAUGAUAUUGGACAUGGAUUUCGUAGUGACGUUAAGUACACAGAGUACAGUACUGAAAAUGAACAAAGUAAUUACUUAGGAGCUCAGCGUGCUUUGCUUUUGCAAGGUACAGACAGUCUGAACAGAGCAACUCAGAGUAUAGACCGUUCUCAUAGAAUAGCAGCAGAGACUGAUCAGAUAGGUUCGGACAUAAUUGAGGAACUUGGUGGGCAAAGAGAGCAGCUGGAACGCUCGAAAGAUAGGCUAAUAAAUACAGGUGAGAAUUUGAGCCGGAGUCGGAAAAUACUGCGUUCCAUGUCCAGAAGGGUUAUGACAAACAAGUUGCUACUGGGUAUUAUCAUCCUUCUGGAAGUGGUAAUUCUAGCAGCUGUUGUAUAUGUCAAGUUCUUCCGCAAACAUUAACCCAAAGGUGCUUAUGCAAUUUCAAUCUAUUGGACACCUGCUUUAGUGCUUCCCCUAAAGCUCUCAAGUUUCUGACUCUACAAGAAAGGGUGUUGAAAGAUAAGACAGAGGAUGCAUUGAAGUACUUUUAUUAUGGAAUCAUUUCAAUUCAUUACAUGCUCAACCUGGUUAUAGGAUCUCUUGUCGUUUGAUGGGUCUUCAGUUGACACUGCAUCUUUGAGCAAGAUGAAAGAACUUAAUUUGUUAAGUUGCAUUUGAUCAGUCUCUAACCUUUGUUGCUAAUUACUACAUUGUAGUAAUGUGCACAAAACUUUUAAUAAAGUCAUUUGAUAUUUAACAAAUGUCCUAUUAGUCUUGCACAUCUGUCCUGAGAGAAAACUUAUUUAAUAGAUCAUGAAAAGUGUGCAGAUUUAUCCCUGCCAGAGUAUUAUUAUACAAAAGGACAGAACAUUUGAAGGUUCAGUUGAUCAGACAGUGUGACUUAUUCAAACAUAGCUUCAACUCAAAUAGAGAAAUGAUAUUCUUUCAAUUAGAACAUAUUGAAAAAGCUUAGUACGGCAUUGUUCACAUUACCUUAAAAAUAAAGGAAGGUAUGGAUGAUGGGCUUAGAAUAGUGUCCCAUUAAUAUAUCCCAAUGAUAAAGUGUAUAUGGAACAGUGCUAUUAAAAUUUCAGUUCUGGAAUAGGAUUUUGUACAAGCUAAACAUUGUUUCCUCUUCUCCACCUUCAGUUUCUAAAGCCGUAUAGUCUGUUCAUUUGUUGUAUAUGUUGCACUGGGUGUUGGUAAUUCAUCACAUUUGCCGUGGGAUCCUUCUCGGGCCUGUCCCAAAGAAAAGGAGAUGAUAUCUAUUGCAAUAUUUACUGUAGCAUUAAGUUCAGCAUCUGAAGUCGCAAGUUUAGGGUUGACUUCCACCAGAUCCAUUGCAGACAGUAAUCCUGUAAGAAAAAACAAAAUUACUGUUUCAAUGCAAGGUGAUAAGCAAGUCUAAGUCAUUUGUACCAGCAAUGAAGCUCAACUGCUCUUGAUUUUUGGUUAAGUUGGAGCUUUUACAUGAAGCCUGCUCAGUCAAUAAAGAUAAACAACUAGCAGGUUUUGGACAUUAGAUUCAUACCUGUGUUCUGCACAGCCUCUGCAAUAUACAUCCCUUCCCUGUAUGUUAGUCCUCCUAUCACUGGAGUACCAGUAGCAGGAGCUAAAGAUGGGUCAAUGGCAUCCACAUCAUAGCUCAGGUGCACUGGUCUUUUCUGUCUGAAAAGGAAAUUACAAAUUAGACUUAACUGCUGACUUAUGCCUUUAUUUUAAAAUGACAAAUCAGGUUUGUCAGCUAGUCUGUUAAAAAGAAACACUUCACAUGCACAAGGAAACCGGCAUCUCAAUUUGCAUUUCCACCAUAGAAAGAGUGCCAAUUCAUCAGUUCAGGUUCUUGUGCCAUCCCAGUAUCUUAAAUACAUACCAAUAUUCAUUUCUAGUCCAUAUGCCAAUAAAAUCUAUUAUAAAAAGGUGGGUUCCACAUUUCCCCAAAGUGAAUGCUGGUUUAUAAACCUGCACUGCGUAGACAUUUUUACAAAUAGACUGCCCUGUCAAGGUCAAUAUAAAAUUAAACAGAUGCUUCUUAGAGGUGAUGCAAAGCAAUAGGUUCUUAUUUUCCAUCAAAAUAAAUGCACCAAAGUAACAGCUAUAUUUGGCUCUUCUAACCUACUUUCCAAUAAGGUGAUCAAAUGUUCUUUCCAUUACUUUAUGUAUUCCUAGUUGAUCCACUUCUUUCAUUGAGAAGUAUCGAAUACCAAAGUUUUUCAGGAUGUAACUGUUGGUAAGAAACAAAGUUGUUAAAUAUCUAAAGCUAAAUUGCAAAGUGCCUGUUGAGUCAAAUUUGAGGUCACUUUAGAGUGUGCAUACUUAAACAGAGCAAUACUGAGUUACUAAAGAAUAAGAGCCUAUCUCAAUGUCAUGUGUUUAAAUGAACAAAAUUCCAUGUUUUCCAUGUUACCUUAAUGAAGGAGGUGUGGUUAUACAUUAAACAUCAAAUGUUUAAACGCUAGAUUAAAUGGUC